GGCUUUUUUAUGCCUGUGCAAAAAUGUAAUACAUGAAUUUUACAAACCACCCACAUCAGUAAGAAAGCAGACUGUCACAUCUCUUCUCUCCCUCUCUCUCUCUCCCUCUCUCCAUCUCUCUCUCGCUCUCUGUUGCUUUCUCUGUCUUCAUCACUGAGUCUCCAUUGAACAGCGCUGUGCAUAAAGAACCAAUUUGGCAAAAGUUUUCUGACUGUGGCAGGAAUACAGAGAUCAGCUCUCUGAAAAAGACAUGCAUCACCAGGUUUUGUCUACCUCAUUUACUGACAUAUACCUGGAGGUUUACUGACCUAGAAUUGCUUGAAUCCUCUAAAUCAUAUGCAGUGGUGUCACUACUGGGUUAGAUGAACACGUGUUCAUCCAUUCAAAAGCUACAGAUUUUGAAAAUUCAUACUACUGGUAAUCUGCAUGAUCAGAUCCAGCAAUGCAGUUCUUGAAAGAGGAGAUUAUGAAACACUUCAGAGACAUUCUUCUCAUUUUUUUACUGCUAGAAGGUGUUUUGUGUAAGACAUGGAAAGCAGAGAUGCCUCAGACAAUCUCCGCACUAAAGGGUUCAUGUGUUGUAAUUCCCUGCAGUUUCACUUAUCCGCCAGAAGCAAGUCUUUCUGCUGGAAUUCAUGGGAUUUGGUAUUUCAAUAGCCCCUACCCCAACAAUUACCCUCCUGUUGUCUUUAAAUCCAAAACAGGAAUUGUACACAGAAACUAUCUGGGAAGAACACACCUUCUUGGAGAACUUGCACAGAGGAACUGUACUUUACAGAUAAGUGACCUCAAUGAAGACCAUCAAGGAAAAUAUUACUUCCGGGUCGACAUGGGGAAGCCUAAUAUUUAUACCUUUGCUGAAUAUUCAGAGCUAUUUGUUCUAGAAAAGCCAUCAAUUGAUAAACCUGAAGAAAUUAUCAGUGAAAGAGAAAUGAAUAUUACAUGCUCUACACCCAACAAUUGUCCCCACUUGAAGCCUCUACUGAUUUGGAACAACAUCGAAGGGCUGGAGGGGCAGACAUUGUCUUCUUACACUGUGCAGGAAAAUGGUGCCUGGACUACGCUGUCAGUUCUAAGUUUUAUUCCAACCCAAAAGGACCAGGGAAGACAACUGAAAUGUUCAAUUCUGCAUCCAAAUCAGACACAGAACUUUGAAGAAUAUCUCACACUGAAUAUUAAUUAUGCUCCUCGCAAAGUGGAAGUGAAUCAUUCCAUGGAGACAACAGAGGGUUCCAAAGUGGUCCUGCACUGUUCUGUUGACAGCAGUCCUCUGUCAGAUAUCCAGUGGCUACUGAAUGAUGAGGUUCUGGCACACACCCACGCAGAAAUGCUUACUUGGGAAAUUGAAAAUGUGGACUUCACACAUGAGGGUCUCUAUACUUGCCUUGCUCAGAACAAACAUGGAGAAAAGAACAGCACACUUUACCUCUCUGUAAAAUACCCCCCACGUCUACCUGAGCUGAGCUCUCCGACUGUGGUUAAAGAAGGAGAAGAUGUCACCCUGGUUUGCAGCACAGAGAGUAACCCUGAGUCUGUCUUAAGUUGGAUGAAGGGAGACAAGGUGCUUAGUACCAUCAAUUAUGAGAAUGAAUUGACUUUAAGCAUUAACAACGUCUCCCCAGAGGAUGAUGGAGAAUACUUGUGUCUUGCUGAAAAUCCUUAUGGAAGAAUAAAAAACUCUGUUAACAUCACAAUCCUGUUUGCACCUGUUAUAUUGCCAGAAUCAAAAUGCACUGCUGUGAGAGAUGGAGUCCAGUGCGUCUGUGCUGUGAAGUCAAACCCAGAGCCUAGCUUAUUGUUCCAAAUUCCAGGGAGGAACAUCACCAUUAAUGACACAGACUAUGAACUGGCUCAUUCCCACAAGAGUGGCUACACUGUUCGAAGUAUUCUGGAACUAAAGGGGGAGACAGCCACUGACCUUAACGUCUAUUGCUCCGCCGCAAAUGAGUAUGGGGACAAACGUCACAAGCUGGACUUCCCUGGUGGACCAACAGUCUGGGCAAUAAUUGUUGGAACCAUUGGAGGAGUUUCUGUCUUCAUCUUCAUAAUUGCUGUCAUCUGCAUUGUCAGUCAGAGCCAUCAAAAGAAAACUCUGAAUGAGAGUUCCAGUUUUGUUCAGACUGAAAGUACACCAGCAAUAUAUGGCCUUGUGCAAAAAGUGCAGGAAAACCUUGAAAAAACAGAGGUUGAGAGCAGUGGCCAUGAAAUGGAUGCUGACAUGCUACUGAAUGAAAACGAUCAAAAGGAAAAGAAUGAACAUGACCUUGAAUAUGCUAAUAUAGAUUUCGUAAAGCUUGCUGCAAAGAAGGGUUACCUUUCCUCUGAGGAAGAGACUGAAUAUGCAGAGAUAAGGGUGAAGUGAGGGAGCAGCCAUAAUGUGAACAGCACAUUCACCUAUCCUCAGCUCAUGAGAAUCAGUGUUGCUGAUAACUCUGCAGAAUUAAUUUGUUAUGAGAGGUGGAACUGCAACCACUUGUGAUCAAAAUGCAAGUUAACUGAUAGCUACAAGCCCACGAAGUUCAAUGGACUUAAUGACAUAGUGUGGUCCUCUCUGCAGGAAACAAAAUGUAAACUAAUGAGAUUAUAUUGGUGUCAUGGCUUAAGCAUUUCUCUUGAUGUUGCAUUUAACAGGUUUGUAGGAAUAUGCUGAUAUCACUUACCUUAUUCACAUUUUCAGGACAUAGGUGAUAGUUUAGAAAAACAUUGCUCAAAUUAUUUCAGUAUAAAUCAUUUGAUGGCAUACGUAUGGGAAAACUGAAAAUAUAUUACCAUCUAGUCACAGAGAAAUAUGAGAGAUAUGCUUUCAGAAAUUCAUUUUCAUUAGCCAGCAAAAUACACAACAUCAGGGAGGGAUAUAUAAAUAUGGCAGCAAUUAUACAUUCAUUGCAAAUGUCUUGCAGUGCCUAACAAGUAUUUGCCAGGAGAAAUUAUCAUUAUCUAUGUAGAUAUACAAGUCUGUUAGGUGACAGACUGACCCACUCUGUACUUAGAUAAAUAUUACUUUUAUUAUACUUAAUCACAGUUUGUAUUAAAGCCACUAUGGUCUGUCAUUGCUCUGUAAGAGCUUUGUGCAUAAAUCACUCAUGUAUUUCUUUACAAUAACCCAUUUUUUAUUUAAGUGCUAUUUAUCAUCAUUUUCAACAGUGUUUACAUUCCAGUUUAUUGUAUUAUCCACCUGUAUUUCAUUAGCUCCUCCCUCCUUACCAAUUUCAAUGACUGCUUCCUUAAAGUGCAACAGUUCUGUUUUUUUUUCCUCAUAUAGAGUGGCAAGGCAUGCAGCUAGGACUGCAAGCAAAAUCAACUGCCAGUAAAUACUCAAGUGCAGCAAGUUAUUAUGGAUUGGGUUAUGUCUGUAUCAAGUAGACAGUAAGACAAGUUCCAAGAAGUGUCACAAUAAACAAAACAUCAUCUGUGAUUACUGAUGAAGUGGCCUAAUGCAUAGAUUCCACUUAGAUCAUUUUAUACAUUUGUCACUUUUAUUUGCAAUCCUAGCUAUUUAGUAUUCACAUCUAAGCUCCAAAGUCACAUGUGCUUUGCUGAGCAUGAUCACAUGAUGCUUUGGUGAGUUAGUCAUUUGAUAAUAUCAGACUCAUGCCUGCCACCUACAGCCUAACAAAUGGUUUACACUAAUUUUAUCAGUAACAUAAAUCCAAAGUGAUUUGUUACUUAUGUCGGACAAAUUGCAGGAUUUCUUGGAAUAUUUUAAAGUAAAUUAUGGCAAUGUUAAAUAGUGCCAGUUAUAAAGGAAAUUGCUGUUUAUUAUGUGUUUUACAGUUAUUUAAAAUAAUAUCCCUUGCUGCCAUUUAGUAGCCUAGUAAAUAAUAAAUAUUACAAAUUUGAGAAAAUGAACCAGACAGCUGUUUACAUAAUUAGUUGUGCCUCAUUAUUUUGGAAGUAGAAUAGAAAAUUGAAGAGAAGAGAAACAACAUAUGGCAAGAAGCAAGGGUAUUGGGCUUCCUUUCUACCAAUACCAUUAAAAUGUAUCACUUAUGCACCAGAAGACUGCACCUGUUGGGCUGCAAACUGUUGAACAAUUUAUAGCAGAGAGGGCAAUCAAGAUUUGUUUUAGAAAUGUUUAAGCUUUUAUGACACUCUGCCCCUCAGUUUGGGUUCUGUCUUUUGAUGCCUUCAGUAAAUAAAUACAGAAAACCCCUCUGCAUAACUCUUACUCCCUUCUAUUUCUCACUGUCACAUAUAGAUAUAUCUGUGUGUAGAUGAAUUUCAUUAUUCUGCUGGUAUCUAAACAUGAAUAUCAUUUAGUAAAGUAAUGACACAUGAGGUUUGCAACCUUUUUAUCAUUUUUUUGUUUCAUUACCUAGACAGGGAUAAAGAAGAAAAGAAUCUCUUGAAUAACUGGCAUACUUUGGUACUGCAAACUAUGUACACUAUCAGAAGUGAAAUAAUGGGAUAUGAGCAUAAUCAGGGCCUAAACCUCAGUGUAGCCUGUUCCUGUUCAUGAAAGCGUCUUGCCUUUUUAGUGGAUACCCUCGAAACAGCUGACAGAGUAUGAGUGAUAGUUUGGCACAUAUGGCUAGGUGAAUCUGCUGCUCAUUUUGCCAGCCUUCCUCAGGGUGAUGAUGUGGUCUAGAAAACAUAACUGCAGCUGGCUUUUGAAGAAGUACUUGAUUUAUUGAACCCACCACCAACACUGGGACAAACCUGAGAAAGAAUAACAUGCAAAAUUACGUUAACAAACUGUUCAGUAUUUUCUUACCACAUACUGUCAAUUUGUAAAUAUAUUUAUAUUUAAAAACUGUUCCUCUUUCCAUCAUUAGAAGUUAUAACUUUUGGAGUUAAAUGUCCCAUUCAGUGAUGGUACCUUUUCUUUUUUUUUCUGUGAUAUUGCAGUGUGUUGUGGUAUAAAUAUGCUCCUGAUAUUAUAUACCUUGGAUUAUCACAAUCACUGCGUAGAAAGAUAAGAAGGAAUAAACUGUUUCAGUACAAAUAUUAUCAGAUGUUAGCAAUGAUAAAAGCAAAUUGCUGAAAACACGCUAUUGACAUAUUUCAGUAAUUAUUUGCUACAAUGGUCAUUGACUGUCCCUCAGGACAUUGUUUCUUUAGCUGGAUUCAAUGCUCCCUACCUCUAAAUGAAAGGCCACUACCAUUAAUCUAAUAAAUAAAUAAUGUACUUAAUUGAUCCAUAUUACAUUCAGGUAAACUAGUCUAAUGAUGAAUGUGUAUGCUGUUAUAAUGGAUAUAACCAUGUUACUGCGCUAAUCUUCUACCUGUGUGGGCAGAAAGUUGAUUGCUUUCCAAGCUAUCAUUGCUAUUUUUAUGUUUACUUAAAUGAACACACACAUACAUGAUCCACAAUAUAGCUAAAGGAUGUCGAUUUACAUGACUGACUCAGGUGUUCUACAACCUACUAAGAGGAGAUACAUGCAUAUGCUUCUAUAGAAACAUAAGCACUAAAUCAGUAAUGUGAUUGAGGUUACAUUUAAACAAACUAUGUGUUAAAUUAUUGUUAACUUUAUUAAUGAUGGCUGUUUUAUAAAAUAUAUUGUAUUUAUUGGCCUCAGAUGUGGCCUAAAACUUGAAUGAAAUUGUACUUUUUGUAUGAAGCAGUUUGUUUUAUUGUUCCAGUUCCCAGUACAUUUAUUAUGAGUUUUGUUUUUCCUCCUUUUCUGCAAAUGUUAUGUAUAUUAAUUAUAUAUAAAACUACAAUUUAAAAGUUA